CUUCCCCUCUCUCUUUCUCCCUCUUUCCUCACUCUACAUAUCUCUAUCUUGUCCCCUCGUUUGUGCCCCUUAUUCACCUGUCUUGUACCGUCUUGCUCUGCUGCUAGUUCACAAUGUCUGAUCUGCAGGGCCGCAAGAUCUUCAAGGUCUUCAACCAAGACUUUAUUGUCGAUGAGCGCUACAACGUCACCAAGGAGCUAGGACAGGGCGCAUACGGUAUUGUCUGUGCUGCUACCAAUGUGCAGACUGGUGAAGGUGUGGCCAUUAAGAAAGUCACCAAUGUUUUCAGCAAGAAGAUUUUGGCCAAGCGUGCUCUGAGAGAAAUCAAGCUGCUCCAGCACUUCAGAGGCCAUCGUAAUAUCACUUGCUUGUAUGAUAUGGAUAUCCCCCGCCCCGACAAUUUCAACGAGACCUAUCUUUACGAAGAAUUGAUGGAGUGCGACUUGGCCGCUAUCAUUCGCUCCGGACAGCCCCUCACCGACGCCCACUUCCAAUCCUUUAUUUACCAGAUUCUCUGCGGUCUCAAGUACAUCCACUCGGCUAACGUGCUGCACCGCGAUCUGAAACCCGGUAACUUGCUGGUCAAUGCCGACUGCGAGCUCAAGAUCUGUGAUUUUGGUCUGGCUCGCGGAUUCUCGAUCGAUCCAGAGGAGAAUGCAGGAUACAUGACAGAAUAUGUCGCCACGCGCUGGUAUCGUGCUCCGGAAAUUAUGCUGAGCUUCCAGAGUUAUACCAAAGCUAUCGAUGUCUGGUCUGUUGGCUGUAUCCUGGCUGAGCUGCUUGGAGGGCGUCCGUUCUUCAAGGGUCGCGAUUAUGUCGACCAGCUUAACCAGAUCUUGCACUACUUGGGAACCCCCAACGAAGAGACCCUUAGCCGCAUCGGUUCCCCACGAGCCCAGGAGUAUGUGCGCAACCUUCCUUUCAUGCCCAAGAUCCCCUUCCAGCGCCUAUUCCCCAACGCCAACCCGGACGCGCUCGACUUACUGGACCGCAUGCUUGCGUUCGACCCCACGUCGCGCAUCUCGGUCGAGGAGGCUCUGGAGCACCCGUAUCUGCACAUCUGGCACGACGCUUCAGACGAGCCCACGUGUCCCACCACCUUUGACUUCCACUUCGAGGUUGUUGACGAUGUGGGUGAGAUGCGGCACAUGAUCUACGACGAGGUUGUGCGCUUCCGCUCCACGGUGCGGCGGCAGUCGCAGGCGCAGGCCGCCGCGGCGCAACAACAGCAGGCCGCCCAGCAGACGAACGUGCCCAUUCCUGAGAAUCAGCAGGGCGGAUGGAAGCAGGAGGAACCCAAGCCCCAGGAAGCGCUCGCCGCGGGCGGUGGCCAUCAUAACGAUCUGGAAUCGUCUUUGCAGCGUGGCAUGGAUGUGCAAUGAGUGUGUGCGGUGCUGCCUGCGCUGAGCUGCCGGUAUUACCAUCAACGACUGUGCUUCCACGGGAUCAAGUGAAGAUGAAACAUGAAACGAUGCGAGAAG